AUGCUGGCCCUUCCUCACCAGUCUCAAAGGCAGGAUCUAGUUUCUAUGUCAGAACCAAAACUUGUUUCAGAAGAGUCCGUUCGACUCAGAGAUAAGAUUGAACGCGCUCGUCUUAAACUCAGGCGUGAGAAAUUGCGCCAGAAAGUUAUUCUUCAGCGAUUAAAGGAUCGCGAAGUGACCGAGGAGUGGAAGACGAAGUAUCGGAAGAAUCAGAACUUGCUAUCAGUCCUCUAUCGAACGAAGUCAUAUGAAGCUAUCAAACAGGGCAACCGUCUCAGGGACAAAUUUUUGAUGGGCAAGAUCAAGGAACAUGUUGAGUUAUUAAAUGCCAAGUUGGACAACCCGCGGCUCCCUAAAAACUUGGCAGACGCAGAGCGUGAUUUGGUAGCCGCGCUCCAACUACAAAUGCAAAUUAGGAAACGACGCGAUGUAAUCACCCAGCUGAAAAUGUCGACCAAUCCAACUGCAUUCAUGUGA